AUGCAAUGGCAUGGGCUGCGUCGCCCUCGCCCUCCCCUCGCCGCUCUUUUCCUCUCGUACAUGACCUUCGCCACCCUCCGCGCCCUCCACGCCAUCGUCGGCGCUGCUCUCGACGACAUUGAGCGCAUCUAUGCCGACGCGGCGAGCAAUGGCCACUCGGUCGCGCAUCCGCUUUCGCCAUCGUCUUCACCACAUCCGUCGACAGGCGAGCCGUUCUCUCCUACACCUUCGUUGGCAAUGUCCGGUACGACAUACUCCCCAUCUCCUUCUAUGCCCUACUCGCCAUAUACACCAACUUCACCUGCCGUUCAUGCUGUCCAUGCGCCUCGCACGCUCGUUUCCUCUGCUCCAUGUAAGUUAGAUACUCGAGCUCCAUCUCCUGCACCGUCAGUGUCCGCGUCCUCGAUCUCGUCAUAUCCCAACGAGACGGAAUCUUCGAGCGUUGACGGAGGUUCCUCUGCCCCCACUGGAUGGCAAUAUGAGCCGCCCUCACGUCGGGACGUCCCAUCUGCGACUUUGCGCGCUAGUCCUGGAAGUACCCCAAAUCUUCACGCGCAAACCUCUUACGGGCUGUCUCAACAUCAAAGUCCCCGGGCCGCGGCCUCAGCCUUGUGUGUCGUGCCAAACGGCGACGAUGUCUCUACGCCCAAUCAACGGGUGAAUCAUGUAUCCAAGAAGCGUUCCUCCGCUGCGUUCGACCGAUGGCCGUAUGGACCAAUUGCCCCAGAUAGCUCGCCGGCGAAAGCAACCUGCAUGGGGUUAAACACCACCUCGAUUCCCGCCAGUACUUCGACACCAACCAGGCGCGUCCAUCGAAUAUCCACCACACUUUCGUCCGCGCUUGCUUUGGCAUCCACUUCGACAUCGGUGCGAAGGCUAUCUUCUGCCCUAUCUGGAUGCAACACCGGUGCAAACAUUUCAACGCCGCGGAGUAUAGACAGGAGCAAAUGUCUCACUUACCGCGCUACAAGCGUCUCUGAAGGCACGCCUCCAUCGCCGAUAACCUUUGCGUCACCAUCUCCGUCAUCAAUAGCAACACACGCAGCUUCAGCAAUGUCAAGUCCAACUGCAGUCAGCACGCCGUGGCGGCGGAGUUCGUUAACAAGUACCCCGCGGAGUGACUUUGGCGGUGCAAGUAUAUGCACAGCGAGUCAGCCUUCUGGGGAUAUCGAAGGCUCCCCGUCCCCGAUCAAAUUUGCUCAGAACCCAGAACCCACUCAGCUAGGCUUGGGUUCACCACGCACGCCCAUCGCGACAUCUUCCUCCAGUAGGAGUAUUGGGAAGGACAUGAAAAAAUCUCGUCCCGCGCCGUUACUUCCCGCAUUGACAAGCAGCCUUGUAGAUCGCUCACACAGACAGCUUCCACCUACUCCAGCAUCGCUCUUCUCGUUGAGUUCACCGGCAUCCCGUUCGUCUCUCAGUACAUCGAUCACCUCGCCACGCUCGUCCGAGUCGCUUGGGGACGAUGCGCCCGCGGGGCACGGCCUCGGAGCGGCGUGGGAGCCGAAUUUUGACACAAGUGCGCAUAUCCCUAAGUCUGAUCUGGGGAGAAGGCUUGUGCUCGACUGGCCUGCGUUGGACGUGCCCGUGUACGCUACUGGUGCCACGGCGGAGAACACUGCUUUCCAUUCACCGGUAUCUGAUGGGAGUCCAGCUUCCAAUAUAGCUCCUCAAUCCUCCGGUGCUGUAGCGGAUACUGGCAGGAAUGCUACACGGGAGCCUGACGCGCAUGCCUUGGCCGAGGCAUUGACUUCUCACCCUGUUGUGCUCGCUGCGGGGCAGCGGCUGAUUGCGGCUUGCGGCCAGCUAUGUGCGAGCGUACAAAGGCCAUUUUUGACUAUAUGCGAUGCUUCCAUGGGUUACCAUCUCCCCGCCUGUCUGCGCCUGUUUGAGUCCGCACACAUUCCGGAGAUAUUGAGAGAAGCGGGUCCUCGUGGGCUACAUGUCCACGAGAUCGCAAAGAGGGUAGAUCAGAUGAGAAGAGCAAACUGGGCACGCGCGCAGGCGGAAAUUGGACAAGUCGCUGAAGGUGGGAACGAGAUGGAGGGAGGUGUCGACAUGGGGCUUGACCCUGCGCUAUUGAGCCAUGUUCUUCGCCUCCUUGCGACACACCACAUCGUACAAGAGGUCCGCCCAGAUGUGUUUGCCAACAACAGGGUGUCUGGUGCUAUAGAUUCCGGAAAGAGUAUACGGGAGUUGAGCGAGGCGGUGGAGGUUAAGUACGAGAACACAAAUGGGAUCGCUGCUUUUGUCGGGCUAUGCACGGACGAAAUAUUCAAGAGCGCGGCGUAUCUGACUGAUCGCUAUCUUCCGCCUACUGAUCAAAUUGGCUUUCGUCAUGGUCGAGAAAAAAUAGAGGGGAUCCUGCGCGAACACCAUUCGGUGGAAGCGACUGUUGUCCCUACCGCCACUGCCUCAGGCCCUCUGCAGACGAAAGAAAACCUAGUCAACAGUAUGUCGUCUGAGCAAGUACGCCGCUCGACAGUUUCAGGCACGCAUGCCGAAUUGGCGGACCUUGCGCUUGGAAACAACCAGGGAUCCGAUGAUCUUAUGCGCAGUGCGAACCGGAGCAUUCAAUUGCCCACGCCUUCUGUCGAAUCUGCAGUCCUGCGGCCACGAGCGUCGUCCAUCAUACCAACGUCUACAGCUCGUGCCCCAAACCGUCCACGCGCACUGUCAUUCGCCCGUACACCGCCGCUAACACCAGCCCAUUCCUCGUCAUCUCGCAGUCCGAAUUCUACCAUUCGUUGUCGCGUGAAUGAGAACAGUCAGAGACGAGAGAAGACAUCUGUUCAGGUGCUGUCUACCGUCAAGGCUGACGAAGCGGCCGAAGAGAUGACAAUCGCCCAUAUUUCGAAUGAUUGUAGUCCCAUGCACUCGGCGUUCAAUCUCGCCUUCCGCACGCAUGAAUCGUAUUUCGAGUGGCUGGAGAGGCAUGAGAACGCAGGCAGGUUGAAGCGGUUCGGGCGUGCAAUGACGGGCACGGGUGCGUGGGAGGCACCUGGGGCUAUUAUUGGAGCAUUCCCGUGGCAUACACUCCCGCCAUCUGCACUAGUUAUAGACGUCGGUGGCGGGAUUGGUUCGACAUCGCUUCUCCUUGCACAUGCGUUCCCUCAUCUACGAUUCCUCGUGCAGGAUCGCCUACAGGUCGUGAAGAUGGGCGAAGCGGCAUGGCGCGAACGAUCUCCGGAUUUGCUUGACACGGGGCGUGCGGCAUUCCAGGCGCAUGACUUCUUCGCUCCGCAGCCACCCCGACCGACGCUUUUGCGCGAUUCAGCGUACUGUGGAAGACCAGACUCAGGGAUGAACAAGCAGAAUCCGCCCGCUGUAUUUCUCUUGCGAGUCAUUACACACGAUUGGCCCGAUGCCUACGUAGUUAGGAUUUUACUCCACCUCCGCGUUGCUGCAGGUCCAGACACGAAGUUGCUGCUAGCUGACUUUGUGCUUCCUCUCGCAUGCGUAGAUGAAGACGUUGAUCUUGAGUCGCCCAGGGAAAUUUGUUGCAUGGCUGAGAGAAUGAAGGCCCCACCGGUUCCCGGUAACGUAGCUUCAUUGGUGCCGGAAAGUUCACCGUUACUUCCCAACCUGGGUAAAGCAAAUGCCAACGCAUAUUGGUUAGAUCUUACGAUGCGUGCUGUAUUUAAUUCGCAAGAGCGGACUCUCCGGGAACUCGUCGCGCUGACGGCGAGAGCAGGCUGGAAUAUCGUACAAAUAACUCGGGCCGAGGGCUCGUUGUUUGGACAUAUCAUAGCUGUUCCUGUUGACGUUCCCCCUGAGAGCAUGACCUUCCUCGACAAUCCUCUGCCCGGCUCGAUCGCCGUCAAGGCUGACGGAGAUCGCCGAUGUGAGGCGAAGCCCAAAGGUCCGCACAUGGGCGACACUUUCUGCUCGUUCGUGGACCUUCCGUCAGAGGAAACAGUCCGAAAGGGCGUCCGGGCCAGUCGGGGUACUGUCUACGGCUGGCAAGCCCGCGCAAGCUCGUGGAAGCAGCGUCUCGUGAGACGGAGCUCUGCAAUAUGGAGAGAGAGGAAAGGCUCAACGGCGUCGACUGUGCCUCCCGUGCCUCCGCUCGAGUCACCUAUCGCUGUUGUCGCGCAUGGUAAGCACAAAUCUGGAAAAGAGAAGACUGAAGGUGAUUCUCUGGGCUGCGAUGAACAUCAUAGUGAGGUACCUAGGGGACUGAGGAAGGUGUUGUCCUGGGCCCAGUUGGCUGGGAGUAGCAUGGUGAUCUCUAGAGAGUCUGGUGAGGCAAGGUAG